AUGUCCCAGCAGCGAGAAUUUCAUUAUUGCCGCGGAACGCCCCCAACGGAAGAUUUUGAAUCAGUACGUGCUCUAAAUAAUAUUACCGCCACUGACGAUAAGACACUUGAAGUGUUCUUGCACUGCAUAUUAAAAUCAUUUGUGGGCAUUAAAACAGACCAGUUUGAUGAAAUGAAGAGUAUGCUGUCAUCCAAACUGAACAUUCCAGAGAAUGAGUUCCACAGAGUUUUUGAAUCAUUCAAGAAUAUUCUAAUUGGUUUUCUUAGGAAAAAAGUUUCAAAAGAAGCCAUUGCUCAAGAUCUUGUUAAGUUAGGCCUGAAAGAAAAACAUUCCAUCCUUGUUGCUACCAAAAUUGAGGGGUGGAAUGGGCAGGCACCUUCCUCUCCGGGCCCGGUCAGCAAAUUAUUAGAUGUUAAGUGGAAAUUUGGAAUCACAGUAGCCACUAAUGAUCAGAUGAAGGCAAGUAGCACAUUCAUAGAUUUAGACCUGACGGUAGACAGCGGCUCCGGAGAGCAGAAAAUAUUUUUCGAGCUUACGCUGCCCCAGUUUUAUAAUUUUCUACAUGAGUUGGAAAGUGCCAAGUUUACAAUGGAGCAAUAUGAUUCAUAA